GCGGUCCAGCCUGAGACUGCACGAUGGCACCAGACCCCUGGUUCUCCGCAUAUGAUUCUACUUGUCAAAUUGCCCAACAGAUUGCUGAGAAAAUUCAACAACGAAAUCAGUAUGAAAGAAAUGGUGAAAAUACAACCAAGCUUACGGUGACAAUCAGAGCUUUGUUGCAGAAUCUGAAGGAAAAGAUCGCCCUUUUGAAGGACUUAUUGCUAAGAGCUGUGUCAACACAUCAGAUAACCCAGCUUGAAGGGGAUCGGAGACAGAACCUAUUGGAUGAUCUUGUAACUCGAGAGAGACUACUUCUGGCAUCCUUUAAGAAUGAGGGUGCAGAACCAGACCUAAUCAGGUCCAGCCUGAUGACUGGAGGGGCUAAGCGAGGAGCGCCCAACCCUUGGCUCCUUGAGGAGCCAGAGGAGACGAGAGGCUUAGGUUUUGAUGAAAUCCGGCAACAGCAGCAGAGAAUUAUCCAAGAACAGGAUGCAGGUCUUGAUGCCCUUUCCUCCAUCAUAAGUCGCCAAAAACAAAUGGGGCAGGAAAUUGGGAAUGAGUUGGAUGAACAAAAUGAGAUCAUUGACGAUCUCGCCAAUCUGGUGGAGAACACUGAUGAGAAACUUCGCACUGAGACGAGGCGUGUGAAUAUGGUGGACAGAAAGUCAAUGUCUUGUGGGAUGAUAAUGGUGAUUGUAUUGCUGCUCGUGGCGAUUGUGGUUGUUGCAGUCUGGCCCACCAAAUAAUGGCAAUAAAAGGACCACCAGCAGUGACACCUGCCAAUGUUGAAUAAAGGCCCGGCACCCUCUUGGUACACGAAACCUGCCCUCAAUAAACACCCCCAGUGCUCUGAA